GUCAAGGAAAGGAAACACUGAUUAUUGAACACAAUUAAAUAUUUGUUAAAAAGUCUUGUCAUUAAUUUUACUAAGUUGUUCAUCGAUCUUGUAAGUUUCAUAUUUUGUUAUCCGUGAAGAAUUUAAAAUGGAAACUUCAGCGAAAAUGGAUUUCUGUGCUUUGUUGUCUGUGGCAAAGAAGAACAGCCAAAAUGAUCAAAAAAAUGUCAAAUAUUAUAGCACAAAAUUUGCACCUCCAAAAAAGGAAUCGAAAGAAGCUAAAAAAUUAUCAGAAAAUAUCCAAAAGUUUUUAAAGAAACGCGAGGCUGAGGAGGAGCAACGCAAAAAAGAGAAACAAAGAGACUUACAAAACUUACUAGCAAUGCGUGAUGAAAAAUCUAAAAAUAAAAUAAAAAAAAUGUUAAAGGUUACAAAGUCAGCAAAUAAAUCGGUAUUAGAUGAUGCAGUUAAUACGGAACACACUGCGGUUACAAUGCAAGGACCUGAUCAGCCUGAUCAGGACGACUAUGGCUACGUGUCGCACACGGCUAAUGCAUUUUAUCAUAAUUAUAUCGAAAAAGUUAAGGAUGUUAAAGAAGAUAAAAGCUUUCAAUCAGCUUCUCGUCCACAGUCGUUGAAAGAUCUUACGGGUACUAAAGAGCGUGUUAAAGAAGCAAUUAAUAGAGAAACGGAAGAUAAGAAAGGCCUAACGCGUCAUCGAACUACCUCCUCAGUUGCUUCAUUAGAUAGUCAAGAUUCCAACAAAAUCAAUGGAAGGAUCAGUUCUUCAUCAAAAUCAUUAUAUGAUCCGGAAGCUGAACGCCGAGAGGAAGAACGUAAAAAACGUGAGGAAGAACAAAAAAAGAUCAAAAACCGAAAACCACUUCCACCGCCUAUGGAUUUCCAAGCUUUGCUGAAAUUAGCAGAAAAAAAGCAACAUGAACCAAUUAAGCUUUUGCCUCAAAUAAAAAAAAAAGAACCCGAACGUUUGCUUACGUCUAAGGAGAAGCAGGAGUUAGAAGAACGAAAGAAAGCAAAAGAGCGGUUUGAAAAAAGUCAAAGUCAUGGCAGUGGUGCAAAUAAGGAUCGUAAAGAAGCUACACCACGUAUGGAAUCAAAUGGACGCAUACCAAAACUUAAUCAAUCCAGUAAACCUUCAAAUGCCUCGGCUUCUAACAAAGUAACAUUGACAACUAAUAAAAUGUCAAAUUCCUCAACAAAUAAAUCUGCAGCUCAGCAAAAGACAAGCAAACCAGGUCCAGCACCAAGUUCUACAUCAGCACAAUCUUUAUCAAUUAACAAUAAUAAACCUAUUAUAUCAACAAAUUCCAAACAAACAUCAUCACUUACAAAAAAACCAUACCAGUCCAAUGUGCCUACAUCGGGUGGUAAAACCAGUGCCAAAGACUUACAACCUGCUACAAAUACUGCUAGUAAAAAACCAUAUAGUGGCCCAACUAGGGAAUUUCCCCCACGUGAUAAUAGUGCAAUAAAACCUAGACAAUUUCCUUCUCCAGUGCAAAAAACUAGACAGUUCCCUCCUGCAGAUGUGCGGAGAAGUACCAGUGCAAAGACGAAACCGCAAGCACUUAAAAGACGUAUAAUAGAUGAUGAUGAUGAAGAUGAAUAUGACUCAGAAAUGGACGAUUUUAUUGAUGACGGUGACUGUGAAGAUGAUUAUUCAUCACAAAUUCGCGCAAUAUUCGGUUAUGACAAGUCGAAGUAUAAAGAUGAAGAUUUUGACGAUGCUGCCAUGGAAUCGAAUUACGCUCAAGUACAACGAGAAGAAUAUAUUAGCAAAAAAAUUGGUAUACAAGAAGAUUUAGAAGAUAUGCGUCAAGAAGCCUUAGAAAAAAAACGGAAAAUGAUGAAGAAACGAAAAUUAUAGGAAAAGAUUAGUAAUUCAAUGCUUUCUUUACUAAUAAUUUUGCUUCUGUUUGCGAAGUUUCAGUGUACGUCGAAUAUCCAUGUUAUUGCAUAUAGUAACAAUCUAUAAAUUAAUCUAAAAUUGGACAAAUGAUACAAUCAACAUUUUCUUAUUACUCAUGUCAGAAGACGGACGAGGAAGUCAAUAACUUGUUAGAACAUUCAUAGAAUUGCUCGCUGUGCGAUGUCACAUUAAUUGGUAUGAUGUCACCUAACAGAAUUAGUUUCAAAAACCACGAAAACCGUGAAGUGAGCCAGGAAUGAAUUGUACAUUUUAUUUGUAAAACGUUUACAUUCGGUCAUGAAUACUGCUCUAACGACCUAAUAACCGAGUGUACAUGUGUGGUAUGAUCUACCUCCCGGAGUUACUUUUCAAUAGAGACGAUUGCUUUCGUCAUGAACCCAAGAAUAUAUUCAUGAAAUGGGUUUUAACAACAAUGAGUAUAUGUCGACCUUAAUUGAAAAUGGUGAAUUUUGCUACAAACAAAUUCCAAACCAUGAAAAGAGAUUUACACUCAAAGAUUAGUUCUUCAGCGACAGAAGCUAAUUUUGAAGAAGCAUUAUUAGAAACUAUUAGAAAAAUAUAUUUAGGAAAAAUAGUAAAACCUUUGGAUGAAACGUGUCGAUUCAAAAAAAGGCAAUGUACAGAAAUAAAUAUAAAUCAAUUAAAAAACGCUUUAGAAUAUUUUCUAACUAUAUCGCUUACGCGGGGUACGUCUGGUUACAAGUGAGAAAUAAAAAAUCACUAAACAAAUUUGUUAUAA